AUGGGCAUGUGUGUGAUUGUUGAUGGGGAGAGUGAUGUAGUUUCUGCAAAGGGGGCAGGUAGCAUGGUUGUCGAACCAGGGAACAAUGCAAUGAAGGUGAAAUUUGUGGUGGCAUCCCGAGAUUCGGCACAGACACACUGCACAACAAUCUCCUUCUCCACCACUGUAAUUACUGUCAUGCACUUCAUCAUUGUGCAGAAAGGUUUGGAUUUUGAAAGCAAGAGCAAUGGCUGUGAGUGUGAGUACGAAGAUGAGGGUGGUGAGAUAACAAAUGCGCAACUAUCCUUCCGUUAUUCUCUGACGCUCAAGGCCCCAAUGCCAUAUCAUGCGCCUAAAGGGUUCUGGAUUUGCUUCGACAGCCUUAGAUAUAGAAAGGGUGCUAAGUUGAAUGUGAUUAAGGCUGUUGCCACGUUCGAACCUAACACUCUCGCUGCAAAACCACAUUCCAACCACUUGGAUGUUGUUCCUCUAUCUCCUACUGCUUUUGACCUUCAAUUCUCUGAUCAACAAACACCACAACCUCAAACUGAUGAGAGGGAGAAGUUGAGAAGAACGCGGAUUUCCAAUGCUAAUAAAGGCAACACGCCCUGGAACAAGGGAAAAAAGCACACUCCUGAGACUUUGCGCAAAAUCAAAGAGCGAACAAGGCUCGCGAUGCAGAACCCUAAGAUCAAAAUGAAGCUGAGGAAUCUCGGCCACGCACAAACUAGAGAAACAAGAAUGAAGAUUGGUGUUGGAGUGAGAAGGCGGUGGCAAAAGAGGCGAGAAAAGAAGAUGGCGGAGGAGUUUUGCUACUUUGAGUGGAAAAAUUUAAUUGCAGAAGCUUCUAGACAAGGCUAUGUUGGUGAGGAAGAGCUUCAGUGGAAUUCUUAUGAAACCUUGGCUGAACAGCUGGAGAAGGAGUGGUUGAUGAGUGUUGAACAAAGGAAACAAAUGAUAAAGACACCAGGUGGCAAAAGAGCACCCAAGUCCCCUGAGCAGAGAAGGAAAAUUGCAGAAGCUAUCACGGCAAAAUGGGCUGAUCCUGAAUACCGUCAAAGAGUUUAUUCUGCAUUGUCCAAGUAUCAUGGCACUCAAGUUGGAGCUGAAAAGAAACCUAGAAGAAGGCCAAGUGAUGGUACCCAACCUGCCAAGAAGAAACCUACAAAAAAACGAGAGACUGAUACUAGUUUUCGUGUUAAGAGUGUCACUAAAACCUGUAAGCCUAUCCUGUUGAAAAAAAGUAAAUCCCCAGCCUACAAGGAUCCUUUGGUGAAUUCUAAGCUUGAAAUGAUUAGGAAUAUUAGAGCACAGAGAGCUGCUGCUGCGGAAACCGCACAAACUCAAGCCAUUGAACGAGCAAGACUACUUAUUGCUGAAGCUGAGAAAGCUGCCAAUGCACUGGAGGUUGCGGCGACAAAGAGUCCUAUUGCACAGUCUUCUUUGAUAGAAACCAGAAAGCUAAUAGCUGAAGCUAUUCAUUCACUUGAAUCGAUUGAUACACAAGCUAUUACUGAUGAUACUGUUCCUCCCGUUGGUUUGAGUGAGGUCAAUGAGGGAAAAGAAUCAGCAUUUAAAGUUCUAAAUGAAUCAAAAAUGGCCCAAGUAAAUGGACGCACAACAUUAUCAUCAAGGGACUAUAAGUUCUCUGAAGAUUUUAGCAAACUUUACUUGGAGAAGCCAGUUAAUGGUGAACCUGAACUUCUCCUAACCAAUGGCUGCGCAUCCUUACCUUUUAGUUUGAAUAGCCAGAUAAGCGAAUCUAGUCCAUCAAAUCAACAAAGGGAAGCUGAACAGGAUCAGAAAAGUGAAUACGAAACAGAAUCUGCUCCAACAGUGGUGGGAAUUCAGUCUCUUGAAAACGAGACAUUGCCUAGAUCACCUAUCGUAGUAGCUAAAAAGUGGGUUCGCGGAAGGCUCGUUGAAGUGGCUGAAGAGAAAGAAUGA